AUGGGAACUAAUGCGCAGAAAUUGGCCGAAGAUGAUGAACAUAUUUUCCGAAGCCGAUUUCCAGCUGUUCCAGUGCCUGAUAUUACAUUGCCAGAAUUCGUGCUCCAAGAUGCUGAAUCGUAUGCCGGCAAGGUAGCAUUUGUGGAGCCUGUGACUGGAAAAGAAGUUACUUAUGGUGAUGUAGUUAGAGACACAAGGAGGUUUUCUAAGGCCUUGAGGUCUCUCGGCCUUUCGAAGGGGGGCGUGGUGAUUGUUGUACUUCCAAAUGUUGCGGAGUAUGCCAUUGUUGCCCUGGGAAUCAUGGCUGCUGGAGGAGUUUUUUCAGGCGCAAACCCCGCUGCGCAUGCAUCAGAAAUCAAAAAGCAGGUUGAGGCUGCUGAGGCCAAGUUAAUUGUCACAAAUGGCCCAAGCUACGAAAAGGUGAAAGGUUUAGGCUUACCAGCCAUCAUACUGGGUGAAGAACUCAUUGAAGGUGCAAUGAAUUGGAGCAAACUGCUUGAAGCAGCAGACCGAGCCGGCGCUAGUUCUGUAAAGCUGGAUGUGCACCCAACCGAUCUAUGUGCCCUUCCAUUCUCAUCAGGCACCACGGGGUUGUCAAAGGGUGUAAUGCUGACUCACCGAAAUCUGGUAGCUAACCUGUGCUCCACGCUCUUUAGUGUACCACUGGAGCUGGUGGGUCAGGUCACUACCCUAGGCCUAAUUCCAUUCUUCCAUAUUUAUGGGAUCACUGGAAUAUGUUGCGCCAUGCUUAGGAACAAGGGGAAAGUGGUUGUGAUGGGAAGGUUUGAACUUCGAACGUUUCUGAAUGCUCUGAUCACGCAAGAGGUCACAUUCGCACCAAUUGUACCACCAAUUAUCUUGCAAUUGGUGAAGAAUCCAGUAGUGGAGGAAUUUGAUCUCAGCAGGCUCAAACUCCAGGCCAUUAUGUCUGCAGCGGCUCCACUAUCACCAGAGCUUCUUACUGCCUUUGAAAACAAGUUCCCUGGUGUCCACGUCCAAGAGGCAUAUGGACUGACCGAGCACAGCUGCAUCACGCUCACCCUUGCGGAUCCUCAAACCGGCUCUCGCCUUGCAAAGAAAAGCUCCGUGGGUUUCAUCCUUCCGAAUUUGGAAGUCAAAUUUAUCGAUCCUGACACCGGUCGAUCCCUGCCCAGGAAUACACCUGGCGAAAUUUGUGUCAGAAGCGAAUGUGUAAUGCAAGGUUAUUAUAACAAUAAGGAGGAGACUGCCCGGACCAUCGACAAGCAAGGGUGGCUUCACAGUGGUGACAUAGGAUUCAUAGAUGAUGAAGGAAAUCUUUUUAUUGUGGAUCGCAUUAAGGAGUUAAUCAAGUACAAAGGUUUUCAAGUGGCUCCUGCUGAGCUAGAGGCUAUUCUUCUUAGUCAUCCUUCAAUUGAAGACGCAGCCGUAGUGCCACUGCCUGAUGAGGAGGCUGGAGAGGUCCCAGCUGCAAGCGUUGUGCUGACCCCAGGUGGAAACGAGAGUGAAGAAGACGUCAUAAACUACGUCGCAUCAAAUGUUGCACAUUACAAGAAAGUGAGGGUGGUGCACUUUGUGGACUCCAUCCCAAAAUCACCUUCUGGGAAAAUAAUGAGAAGGCUUAUUAGAGAGAAGAUGAUAGAAAAUAUGCGGGCUCAUUAA